AUGGUUCAUGCUCAAUAUCGUUUCUGGUUUGAGAUAUUUUCUCUGAAGCAGCUGCUGCUGCACCUUGCCUCCUCUUUUUUGAUGAAUUUGAUUCCAUUACCCCUAAAAGAUGACAUAACAACACUGGAUAGACCAGAUCUGCUUGAUGCUGCAUUGUUGAGACCAGGUAGGCUUGAUCGCCUCCGUUUCUGUGAUUUUCCAUCUCCGCGUGGAAGGUUGGAUAUUCUGACUUUUCUUUCAAGAAAGUGGAUAUUUGUAUUGAUUCUGCAACUUGUGUGUGUAGGGGAACCUACCAGUCGUAUUGCAGGUCUCUUCUUGAAGAUCCUUUGCUGGAAUGCUUUGAGCUCGUUGAUGAUUUCAAUUUUCAAGGUUCAUCAAGCAGGAUUGAGAGGUGAUAAGAUGGAUGUUUUUGUUAAGGAUCUUAUGAUGACCGACAUCCGUAACUUGCAAGCAUUUGCACUAGACAUUCAGAAGAAUGAUAUCAAAUUUGAUCUGUUUUCCGUUACCAAGGAAAUGGAAAAACAGGUAUCUGUAUUCACACUGAUAUGGGCUGGGAAUGGCAAACGUGGCCCAACCCAACCAACCGAAGCCGAGUACAAGAAGUUGAUAAGCGCGAAGCAUAAGCAUUCAGCAAGGUCGGGAGAAGCAACAGCUAUGCCAAUGGAAGCUCUUUGUCCCUCACUGGCAGUGCCCACCAUUUCUUUUGGAAUCAACAACUCUCACAAAUCACUGCCCCAACUUGCUUCCCUAAACACUAAAAUCAGAUUUCCCAUUGCUGUUCAGAACCACUUCAACCUUUCCUUAUCCAAUUCUUGUAUUUCUUCAUCUAAAACUGAAAUUGCAACCUCAGCUUCCUUUGUUUCUUCUUCAACAACUAAGGGCAACUACUGGAUGGUGCUAAUGGCUAAGCCUCCAGAAGGGUUCAAUUCCAAACCCCAAAUCAUUGAUUACUAUGUCAAUACUUUGGGAACAGUUUUGGGCUCUGAAAAAGAUGCUCAGAUGUGUAUAUACGACGCUUCUUGUGAUAUCCACUUUGGCUUCUGCUGCCAUAUUGAUGAACAAGCCUCCCGUGAACUUGCUCGUUUGCCUGAGGUUUUAUCGGUUAAGCCAGACCCAAAUUACAAUUCUAAGCAAAAAGAUUACACUGCUUCAAACAUUGAAUUUAUUGCUAACAUAGGGAAUUUGCAGUUGUUUCCUGCUGGGAACACCAAACACUGGCUUGUUCGAAUGGACAAGCCUGGAAUUGGGGUUGUCACAAAGGCACAAAUGGUUGAUUAUUAUACUCAAAUAGUGACCAAAGUUUUGGGAAAUGAGAAGGAUGCUCAAAUGUGCAUAUAUCAUGUAUCUUGGCAAUCCCAAUUUGGUUUCUAUUGUGAACUUGAUGAGGAAAGUGCAAAUGAACUAGCCGGUGUGCCUGGAGUUUUAUCUGUUGAACUAGAUAAGAAUUUUGAGUCAGAGAAUAAAGACUAUGGAGGUAAUAAUCUACAAAAUUCUACGAGUGCUAGUGAAACGACCUCCAUAAGAACUAAGAAACUUUUCAUAACAGGCCUAUCAUUUUACACUUCAGAGAAAACAUUACGUUCACAUUUCGAAGGUUUUGGUGAGCUUGUUGAAGUUAAAAUCAUAAUGGACAAGAUCUCUAAAAGAUCUAAAGGGUAUGCAUUCGUGGAAUACACCACAGAGGAGGCUGCAAGUGCUGCACUCAAGGAGAUGAAUGGCAAGAUCAUAAAUGGGUGGAUGAUAGUUGUUGACGUUGCCAAGACUAAACCGCAGAACUUCAGCGGAGGUCGUCCAAGACCGACAGUCCAACCAGAAUGAGAAGGAAGUUGAAGCAAAUACCCUUUUGGGAAUCAGCAGCAAUUUUGCAGAAAGGACUACCAAAAUUUGGUACAUUAAAAUUACUAGAAUUGAUCAAUAGCUCUUGGAACUGUUUCAUCAAUAUGUAUAUAUAUAAUUGACUUGGUAAAUGGUAAAUCCAUGUUCAACCUUCUUAGCUACCGUAAUUCUUCCAUUCUUUUCUAAUUAAGACUAAUUCUUCCAUCCUUUCCGA